CUCUCUGCACUGCAUCCCUCAACCAUGUCUCUCAAACACUACGUCGAGCAAGCCCUCAAGGCCGUUCGGCUGACCUCCACCUCGGACCUCGAUAAGAUUCAACACUUGGAUGUCACCCUCCACGCAGACCGCGAGAACCUGAUUGUCAUCUACGGGGGGUCCUUCAAUCCUCCUCACAAGGGUCACCUAGACGUGCUGCUCUCUGGACUGCGACCGGAGCUCGGAGCCGCGGCGGUGCUCAUCCUCCCUAGCGAGGACUUCCAUCUGCGCCAUAAGCUCGCCACCAGCCAUCCGGAUUUCUUCCUCACUCGAGCCCGGCGCGCAGACCUCCUUGCUGUCAUCAGAAACGCUUGAAAGCGUGGCAGCGUCACCCAUUUUGACGGCGUUCUUAUCCCUGAUAGUUCAAGUUCGUUUACUCCGACAAUAAGAAUCGAAUAUAUCCGAAGGAGAAAAGAUAGCAACGCGACAAGUUUCUCUUCGGGGAUGGUUGUCUCGUCCAAAGAAUAAAGAACCAACUAUUCCCAAACGGGAAUCACUCAUGCUUACUCCGAGGAAUACGACGAUGUUACUCCGACACCCCACAAUCAAUCUGACUACUAAUCACACUCCGUAUAAGACCAUCCAUGGUCUAGAUUGCGUGUCGUUUCCAGGUUUGUCGUGAAGAAAAAAUUGCCGAGGGUGUGCAUGAUGGCGCAUGGCUAACUGUCAACUAAGGAGUGCUAAGGCACGCUUGUAUAUGCCGUCACAAGGAUUUAAUCCAUGCAGAGUCAUGUUAAGGCGCCCAGCGGCUAGACGCGGGUCUGUAGCCCUCA